CCGGCCCACAGCCAUCUUUACCGGGCGUAGACGUGCUCCCAUAAAACUCAAACCCAAUUCGCUUUGGAUAUCGCUAUUACAGCUUACAAGCUUUCAUCUUUGAGGUGCUUUCCGUAAUCACCCCAAUUAAUGUGCUUGCCAUUGAUCUCACCUGUCCGUUGAUCAGUUACUGCUUCACUUCACCAAUCAAGAGUUGGGCGAUCAAAUUUGCACCGACUUUUCUAGGUCAUGCAUCUACGAACUUAGUCUGGUGAUAUUGAGCUCACCAUCUAAUUUUUGUGUAAGGUAUCUCACUAAGUAGUAGAUUAGUCCUCACCAAAUCAGCACCUGCCAACAGCUUUGACCCAAACGAAUCCGGUUGUUCAUUUACUGCUCUUAUACUGCAUUACACAUUCUUUAUCAGUGUUGUGAACAAAAAGUGGGUGAAAUGUCCCUUGUCUACUCUUUGUCUACUGUAACUCCCGUUCCCCGUUGUCAUUUAAAAUCUGAAUUUCAGGCUAAACAUCAUAUGCAAAAUAAUUCCUCUUUGCUUUGGCGCCCUGAGUCUGCAUUUAUUCAGUAUAGAUACGAAAUUCCAAAUGGUAUUAGUACUAGUACUUGCUUUGGGAAGCCUUACAAUUCCUUUAGUGCCGUCUUAGCAACAAAGGCCGUGAAAGCUGAUAACGGUGAGGUAUCAUCAUUAUAUGAAGAGGAAACUACUAUUGAUUUGGAUUGGGGUGAUGAGGAAGAUGAGGGAUCUCCAUGGGAAGGGGCCAUUGUCUAUAAACGAAAUUCUUCAAUCUCUCACAUGGAAUACUGCACUACUUUAGAAAGACUUGGUUUAGGCAAGACUUCAUCGGAACUGUCAAGGUCUAGGGCGUCAGCCAUGGGAUUACGUGUGACUAAAGCUGUGAAGGAUUAUACAGAUGGAACACCUGUACUUAUCUCUGUUGAUGUUACCAGAAAGAAGCAUAAAUUAAGACUUGAUGGCAUCAUGAGAACAGUUCUCUCCCUUGCUUGCAACAGGUGCGGUGAACCAGCAGUUGAGAGUAUAUUCUCCAAUUUCUCACUACUGUUAACUGAGGAACCCGUGGAGGAGCCAGACGUCAUAAACAUGGGAUUUAUGUUUGGUGAAGAUAAAUUGAAGAGUUCCACUGGAACUGUUAACGAGGAAGAUGAUGAUGAUGCAUCGAUUGAUCUGGAGGACAGGCUUCAUUUCCCCCCAGAGGAAAAAGAAAUUGACAUUUCCAAGCACAUCCGAGACAUGAUACAUCUAGAGAUCACCAUGAACGCAGUAUGUGAUCCCAAAUGCAAAGGCAUGUGUUUUAAUUGUGGUACAAAUUUGAAUAUUGGUAUAUGCAGUUGUAGCAAACAGGAGACAAAUGAUGUGGGUUAUGGACCACUCGGUGAAUUAAGAAAGCAGAUGCAGCAAACAUGAUUAUCUUAUCAGCUAUAUAUAGCUCUUGUAUGAAGGAAUGCGGUUAGUACUAUGACUGCAUUCUCUCUUUGUACACCUGAAAAUCGGGGUUUGUCCCAAGAAAUGAGGAAAUAGUUUUGUUUGUGAAUACAUGCUUAGUUACGGCUGCAGUUAACAGGAUUCUGUUUAAUGAUACAUCAUGUCAACCUCAGGAGCUCGAUCUUUGCUGUUGGAAUAAUAUCUGUUACUAAUUUGAGUUUACAAUGAAAAUAUUCGGGAUCAAGCUGUGAAAAACAAUGGUUACUCAUAUCCUAUCCAUUUUCUCUCAGUUUAUUUGGACAUUGCAGGAAGCAAUGCUAUAACAACAGCAGGUCAGCAGCUAUACUUGAAGAAACUACAGUUAAAACCGGUGUGUACUCCCUUCCUCCCAAAAUUAUUGUGCGCUAGGUAGGGAUCGAACCCAAGACCUUCUGCUUAGAAACACAAUCUAUCCACCACUGAGCUACAGACACAAUUGAUGCCACUAGAGGACUAUAAUUAUGGGACGGAGGGAGUAUGAGAAAGCUCUGUCAGCCGCGGAAUCCAUAAGACAGGCAAGGACGCGGCUCUGAUGCAGCAGCCUCACCACAUUGAGCUCCAUUGGCAGCAUCCGUCCGUCAUUCCUGAUUCGAAAGUCAGUUAGGGGGAAAUUCUGAUAUCUGUCAGGCUUAAUUGGGCGCUCACCAGAAUAUUAUGCCAGGGUAAAUCUUGCGACAGGUGACAGUCUACAAAGUGGAGCGAUCACAAGUCCAUCAAGCUCACUUGCAUGCCAAAUCAGUGCUAGAAAAUGGAAAACGGAGCAAAUUUUGUUUGCAUCCUUUGGAGUCUUAUUAGUUUUUCUAUUCUUAUUUCUUUUUUAAUUUCGUUGUGUUCUUUAGUAGAUUAAUCCUAUAUUAAAUAAAAUAUAUACUUCCUCCGUUCCUUA